ACGACACCUAUCGUCCAGAUAAAAAAAUACCGGGAAAUUUCGAAAGUCUCGAAAUGUGAUAGGAUGACGUUUAUCUUUGGUUUGUGUUAUGUCUAGCAAUGAUUCUCAACUUAAAUUAAUCCAGUAUUGUACAGAGUACAUCAGGGUGACAAACUACAGUGUUCUCAAACUGAGGCUGUUUUUACGUGAUUCCAUAGAUUCAGCAACCAUAAAGCAAAGUAUUCAGCUGCGCUCAAAAUUGAUAAAGGGAGUGUUAGGUCUCCUUCAAAGUACUAUCACUGAGAAGGUCAACAGUGAGAGAAAUAAAGAGAAGGACGCUUCACCUAAUGUAUUCCAACUCGUAGAAGGAGAGGAUAUUGUUUUGAGGUAUAGCUUCCAACCCUGCAGUACUAAACAUAAGUGUCUUGUGGUAUCACAUCCCAACUCAUCUUUGAGACACGAAGGGUAUCAUGUUCUACAGGAUGGCUUAGAUGUCCAUGUCCUCCAGUUCAAUAGACAAAGCAGUUACUUCCAGAAGAGUACAAGCCAAAGUUCCACACAACCUUCUGGGCAAAGUACUGGGACAACCACAGAGAAAACAGCAUUGAAGAAAAUUUUGAGUAAGAGUGGCCCUCCUCUGUCAAAGAACAAAAACAACAAAGGAAUAAAGGUCAACAAGAAACAAAAUGAGGACAUCGAUAAUGUAAAAGGUACAGCUGAACAAAUAAUAUGCAAGAACAAAGGAUAUAAGGACACCAAUAACAUUGUAACUGAACACAUUGAUGACAAAAACAAAGGAUUUAAAGACACCAAAAAUAUAGUAACUGAGCACAUUAAUGACAAGAAUGAAAAACCUAAGGACACCAAUAAUGUUGAAACAGAACACAUUGAUGGCAAAAAAGAAGGAUCUAAAGACACAAAUAAUAUUGUAACUGAACACAUUGAUGGCAAAAAAGAGGGAUCUAAAGACACCAAUAAUAUUGUAACUGAACACAUUGAUGGUGAAAAAGAGGGAUCUAAAGACACCAAUAAUAUUGUAACUGAACACAUUGAUGGCGAAAAAGAGGGAUCUAAAGACACCAAUAAUAUUGUAACUGAACACAUUGAUGGCGAAAAAGAGGGAUCUAAAGACACCAAUAAUAUUGUAACUGAACACAUUGAUGGCGAAAAAGAGGGAUCUAAAGACACCAAUAAUAUUGUAACUGAACACAUUGAUGGUGAAAAAGAGGGAUCUAAAGACACCAAUAAUAUUGUAACUGAACACAUCAAUGGUGACAAGAAGGAAGAAUCUAAGGACACCAAUAAUGUUGUAACUGAACACAUUGACAAGAACGAUGAGUCUGACAACUGUUGUGAUGCACAUAAUGUUGGACAUGUAGAGCACAACAAAGUUGUUCUCAGUGAAGAAAUAAGUGGCUAUCAAGAGACACAGCAGUUGAAUGAAGAUAAAAUAACUGCAGUUGAAGAGGAGACAACAGUAAAUGGUAUUGACAUUGCUUAUGCACACAAUCAAGCCACUCAUAUACUAAAUGAUAAAACUUCUGAGGUGACUGAGGCAAUUAUGGAGAAACGUAUGUCUAAAAAGUAUAAUAAGAAAAGUGCGAAGCAAAUCAUAGAUAGCUGGGAACAUCUUCCGCUUGGUAACAUUAGGGACAAUGAAUCUAAGCACAAUAUGAGAUGGAAGAAUCUGGAAAAUGGACUGUCUGAUGAUGAUGAUUUCAACAAUGAUUGUGCACCAUUUGGUCAUGUUGGGAAAGCAUCAAAAAGCAAACAACCAUCAGUUAAACAUAAUCAUGAAUAUCAAACAAUAUUAAAUGAUGACAUCAAUGAUGAAACUGACAAUGAGAAAAACAAUGGAAGGGACAAUGAUGAUAAUAAAAGUGACUUUGAUACCAAAUUACAUGUAAUUGGUUCCAAUGACAGAAAAGACAGAAAACAAUCAAAAAAUGCAUUUAUAACUGAGUCAGAAUAUUUUACAAAUAAUGUGAGUAAAUUAACCAAGAAACGUUCAAAGACAGAAACUGAUAAACAAUGUUUAACAGUUGACAGUUCGAAAAUUGUUGCUUCCUCUAGAGUUACUCAACUCAAGGUACCUAAACAUCUGGAAAGUUCCAGUGGUCCAAAUGACACAUCUAAUAGUGAUAGUGAAUCGGCUAGAUUUCAGACACUGAAGUGGAAAUCUAAAACUAAGGAGAAAACUGAGGAAAACAGUGAUGAUUCUGAUGUUGAUUUCAUUAUGACAUCACAAAGGAGAUCAUCGAGAAAAAAAUCACACAACUCAUCAAUUGAAAAAUUGAACUCUAGUCAAGUGGAAGAUGAUGACGUUGACUCUGAUUGGCUUGCUCCAUCAAGUAAAUCUUCCUCGAAGAAGUUGAAUCAAAAAGAUGUUCUAUCAAAACCUAUUUGCAAGAAAACUAAAUUAGCAAGAAAGAAGUUAGAAAAGAAAGAGACAAAGACAAACAAAUAUCGGGAAAGAACUAAAGCAUUGGAAGGGUUGUUUGAUGAUACUUUGGAAUCAGCAGCUUGUGAGGUAAUAAACACCAAAGAAACACUGAAUGAUCUGACAAGUGAACCCCAGUUGUCAAAACCUAAAAUGCAGAUACAACCAAAAAUAGAUAAACGUUUUGCUCUCUUUGAUGAGUUGAAAGUUAAGCUAAAUGAGUUGGAGAAGGAAGAGCUUAACAAUGAUAACUGUCAUAUAAUUGAAAAAAGUAUUGAAAUGGAUUCCUCUGUCAUUGAACCUGAAGAUUUGCUCCCGCAGGCUUCAUCAUCUAAAUAUGAAAGUAGCCCACCAUCUUCCAAAUAUGGUAGUGCUAGAGAAUCACAGUCGUCAAAAUAUGGUAGUGAUAGAGACUCACAGUCUUCCAAAUAUGGUAGUACUAAGGAAUCAAAAUCUUCUGAAUAUAUAAGUGUUCGCGACUCCCAAUCACCAAAACCUAUCAAUGUUAACCAUCAUGAUUCCAACUCCCCAAAAUAUUGUAGUGCCAAGGAGGAUCAACCACCCAAUUGUGGUAGUUCCAAGGAGGAUCAACCACCCAAUUGUGGUAGUGCCAAGGAGGAUCAACCACCCAAUUGUCGUAGUGCCAAAGUCGUCAAAUCGUCCAAAUCCAGCAGAGAAUCAGAUUUUGGAUCAUUCAAAUAUACAGACUCCAAUCCAUAUUCUCACGCUUCUGAUAGUCAGUUUCAGACCGCUGCUGAAACAUUUCAACCAGUUGAAAACACUGAGUUUGAACAUGACAGUUCUCCAAUUGAAUGGGAUAGUUCUGAUGAACAAAUAGGAGUAGAUGAGGAUAAUGAGGACAUUAGGAUGUCACCAGUGUUUGAUAAAAGGAAAAGUAAUAGCAGUAACACUGACUUGGAAGAUGAUGUAAUAGAAGACAUCGUAAAAAGGAAAGUGAAUCGGAAAAGAAAAAUGGUCCCAAGUCAAUUAGAUUUCAGUGAAAAUAUUCCAAAAGCAACAUAUUCAGCAGAAUCAAGGGAUAAUGUACAAGACGAUAGUGCAAUCGAACUUCCCGAUAUCCUACCAACUAAGCCGAAACAGUCAACUAAUGUCAGUAAAUUAAAGAAGCAAACAAGAAUGUCAAAUACUAUUUUACCAGUUGAGACCAGUAAAAAGAAGUCAUCUCAAAGCUAUAGAACUAAAGCAUUAAAACAGUCAAAUGUCAGUAGUGACACAUUGCCCGAUGUGCCAGAUAUGACCCCAACUAGUCACAAAGUUUCACCAAAUGGUGAAUGGCUAUCUAAGGAGUCAAACAUGAUGGGCAUUAUGCAAUCAACACCAAAGAACAGUGCAAUUCAGAAGUUACGUGAUCUAGCUCGACAUACUUCAUCUACAAGCAUUGAUGUCUUUGAUUUUGAUUCAAGUUCAGACUCAUUUGUAGUACCAAAUAUUCCUUGUAAAAAACCUCGAGACUUUCAACGCAAGAUCAACCCAGAAAACUUACCUGAUAUAUCCUUCAAUCACAAGAAAUCUCAUCAGAAACGGAGAUUUAGUGUUGCAAAUCUUCUCGAAAGAUCUUUACACUGCACAACCAGUAUUAAAAUUGAAAGGACUGAAACAUCCAGGGAUAAUUUAGCACACUCUGAUCAUAGUCCUAUGAAAGUGAACUCUGAGGAGCCUGGGGACAAUGGACGAAUGAUGAACGACAAUGUUCAUGAAGAAGUUGAAUAUGACAAUGGGGAAAAUGACUUUCUUGAUGAAAUAGAUAUGGAUUAUGAUAUUGGUACCGGAGAUGUUGAUGACAUUAGUUACAUGAAUGUUGAUGAUCUGCUUACUACAACAGAUGAGGCUGAUGAUGCUAUUGUGAUUGAUGAUGAUGACGAGAUAGGAGAAGAAGGGCCUGAUGCAUUAAGUAAAGUGAACAAGGUGUGUGAGUUGACUCAGGAACAACUUGUUCACCUUGUGAAAGAAAACAAGAAGUACCUGAGGAACAUCUACCAGGGGAAAGCUUAUAAUAGAAGACACGAGGACUAUAAGAAAGGUGGCAAGGCCAGAAUUGACCUAACAUACCAAGUGAGGCUUGGUAUAUUCCAUGAGGAGCAACAUGAUGUUGUAAUGGAACAGCUGAUGACAAUGUUCUGCAAGAAGAACUUCCAUUUCCUGGACUACAUCCUAAAGGUGCUUCUUCCUGAGACACUUGUUAAGAUAUAUAUGGAUGUAAAACACAGCACCCAUGAGGAGGCUGAGCAAUUCAUGGAGGAUGCUCUGGAAAACAGCCAAGACUUUGUGCUCACUAAUACACCAUAGGAGUGACAGGACACUUUGGAAUUAAUGCCCAUAACAGAACUCAACUUUGUAUUACAUAAUUUAUACAAUUCUCCAGAGCGCUUAUUUUUGUAGAUAACUCAUUCUGUCCGGUUGACAAAAAAUGAUUAUGAUAUAAAUCAGACCAGUUCAUCAGAACAUAUUAUCUGGUAUGGAUUAUUCUCCCAACAGGAUUAUUCUACAUAUAAAAGUAUGAGUGAUAUAGAAUAAAUCUAUAUAUAGGAUUAUUCUAC